UUCCAACAUGUGGUACCAAAAUAUGGUACGGUCGACAACUCAGGGUAUGAUUUAGCCAGCAUUCGACGGUCCGAGGAUUCUAAUCAAUGGAGUGUGCACCUGUUCCAGACACAUUCCAGUAGAUGAGGCGCUCUAAUGGUUUCUGAGUGUAUUAUGAAGUCAACGUACAUGUUUCGCGAUCAAGUCAACUCACUGUCGAGUUGGUUCCAGUCAUGGAACCAAUGCGAGCAGACGGUAGCCCUGUGUUCAUUGCUCAAGAAGAUCAACCCUGCUCAGGCCAAGUUCUUGCUCCAGGUUCUGGAGCAAAGUCUGGUCGGAUGUACGGAAAUUCAGCAACAGGAGGAACAGGCAAAUAGUCCAGAAUACAUCCGUAACUUGUGCAAUGAGUCGAAGGAGAAAGCAGUGAAUGAGCUGUUGACCCACCUGCCUCUUCUCAGGCCAAGGAACAAAGAAGCAAAGGCGGAGUACCUUAACAUAUUGCCAAAGAUCUUAACGCACUCAAUCGAACACGGCAUCCACAUCGAGGAGAGUCGUCAGCUACUCUCCUUCUGUCUAAUCCAUCCAGGAAUCAGCGGUGACGAGCGUGCGCAGUUCACAUUAUGGCUGACGAGACUGGAGGAAAACUUUGCGUACAGUAUUUCACAGGCGAAGUUCUCGCGUGAAAAUGUGCAGGAGAUAUCACAGUGUAUGCAGUUCAUGGACCACGAUGGUCCAGUGCCCCCUGUGGGCUUUCCGCUGACUCAGGUGAACGGAUGGGACAGGAGUGGGUCCAGAGACUCUGGCAUUGCUGGAAAUGGCUCAGACUCCGGUAGUCUGUUGUCACUGAAUAACUUUGGAGUGAAGAUGAAUGGUCAGAGUGGACACACGCCUCUACAUUCCACGCUAUCAGCCCCGCCUGGGCUACCUUCACUGGCUACAUCCUCACAGAGUGAAACCAGCCAGCAAUCUCCUGCCACCAGCAGUCCAUCCCAUCUGUGCCUAAAGCGGACCAACUCUGUCACACCACCCAUCUCCAUGCCCUCAUCCCAGUGGCUAGGCACAUCAGAAACACGCCCUGGCGGUCAGUCGGUCACACCAGACUAUGCCUCAUUGUCCCCGCAGAGUAGCAUAUCGUCGGGAAGCGGCAGCGGCAGCGAUACCCACCAAGACGACAUCGGAUCAAAACAUUACAAUUUAGAGAACUCGGGAAUGAAAGAGGUGCCAGCGUGGUUGAAGGGCCUAAGACUACACAAGUAUGCCUAUCUCUUCCAACACCUGACCUAUGAAGAGAUGUUGGACUUGAACGAAGACUGGCUGGAAUCCCAGAACGUUACUAAAGGUGCUAGAAACAAAAUAAUCUUGAGUGUGAAGAAACUUCGAGAGAGGCCGCACUGCUUGAAGGUUUUGGAAAAGGAAAUCAUGGAAGGCGGUAAUUUACGACAGGCAGUCAGUGAGGUCAGAAUGAUACUGAUGACGCCAUUGAAAGCAUUUACUCCACCGAAGACGGAAGAUGGAGAAGCGACGACUCCCACUGAUGGAGAGUCAUCAAUCCCAGAGGCAGACCUGCCGGGGCAGUUGACACGGGUGCUAGGAAAGGUGUGUACAGCCCUUCAUGUAACACGCCAUAUGGAUGACGAAUGUGUCAACUUGUAUCUCCAGUUGCUUGAUCGCUGCAUCAAUCAUGAGGCAUUUUCUGCCAAGCAGAAGAAGCUCAUCCUGUCCUGGACGCAACAAAUACAGAAAAUCUGGCAUCCAGCGUCAAAGUUUGCAGCAGAAAAAAGGCAUGUGAAGACGUGGGGAGGCAGCACGUUCCCUAUUAGUCAGAUCAUGCGGGGGCCGCGACCCUUGAAACAUCAAGCAAAGCAACUGAUGCCGCAAUAUGCGUUCGGUAAGGUGACGCGGGCGGCCGGUAACAUCAUCAUCACCCCCGGGAACCAGCCGGCACUGACGAAACACAACUCGCUCAACUCUUACAUGACAAGAAUGUGUGAGACAAAACGACAGUUGGAGCGAGCACACUCGGCCCCAAGCAGCUGGGCUCAUGCAGCAAACCUGAGUCUGCCUACAAAAGCUGGGAGUGAGCUGAAUGCUACCGAACCUGAGAUCAACGCCAGACUUGACUCCCUCUGCUUGAGUAUGACUGAGCAUGCGCUUGGUGGACUUGACAACAUGGAUCGAGGGUCGACAUUUUAAAGAAAGCCAUAGACCACCAGCUUGACGCAGCCACUGCCAUGAUUCAUCAAUGCGUCAAGCAGUCCCUCGAUUCGGACGACAAGAACUCUACACACAAUGACCAAAAUAGAGAAGAGUUUUCCCGAAUAUGAACCUUAAACGUUCCCGAAUAGAAGGCAUGUUGUCGAGAUCAGACAGAGACAAAGAUUCUGGAGUUGCCUCCGAUCAUGGAGUUUGAGUGUUGGCUUCUGGUCUCAUCUAUAAAGCUGGUCAUACAAACACAUUGCCUGUCACAGACUUAGCAUGAAGGCUUAAUACUGUACAGGGCCUAUCAAAAUAGAUGCAAUAGCAACACUUAUUAACCAGUCAGCUCUGAUUGGAAAUUUUCAUCUCUGGGAAAACUAAUGUUGACUAAGAUAGUCCUUGUAGCCUAUGUGUUGUAACCAAUGGAGGUAUACUUUAUCGGUAGGUCUGAUGUAGUCUGGUAUCUCUGAUACAUCUGGAUUCAGUACAUCUACAGAGAGGUUUACCCAGGUGCCCAGGUUGAAUUCUCUGCAAUUAGUUGCAAUGUUGUAAUUAUUCUUGACUAGCUGUGAUCUUUAUUGCAUUUACAACUUGCUGAGUGAUAUUUCCUGAACGACAAGAACACCCACUGCAGUGAUGAUGAUUUUGUUGAACUUGUGAACUAACUUUAUUUCAAACAAUGUUUUGGCCACUGGAUUUAAGAUAAUUUGAAGCUUUCAAAACAGGGAUGAAUGUUUCUAAGAACUUUUCGGUAUUUAUUUUACCCUAGAGCACCUGGGUAAUAUGCCUCAUUUCUAAGUGCCUUAUCUGGUCUGAUUUAUUUGGUCCUCAUCUCUGACCGAUGUAUCAUCUGCUGUGAGUAUAUGAGACCCGCCCUGGCAAAAGUAAGGCACAAUAACAACAAGUGAAAAACGAUUUUCCUCAAAAUUAGUUUAUUCUUGAGGAAAAUGAUUGUUUUAGUCAUGUGAAGUUCUUGAGUCAUAAAUGUCUAUAUUUGAUCACGAUUGCUUAGUUUUGCCAACCCAGGUCACUUAUAGCCAUCUUCUCUGUGGCUCCAUGUGUGAUGAAGAACUUUUGUCUUGGAAAUUGUAAAGGAGGGUUGGGAUAAAUGACUGGUGACACUCACUUCUGGGAAAUGGAUGUAAGUUUAUUGUAUAUAUACACCUUUUGAAUACACCAAGAGUUUUGUGUGUUGGAGGUAAAUUGAUGUCCCCGUUGUACAAUUUGAACUCGAACUCUGAUGGCGACAUCUUGUCAAGUGCUGGGCACAGACAACAUUCGUCAGAAAGUUCAUAUUUAACACCACUUCUUUUAUGAUCGAUUUAAUUAGCUGUAAGUUAUUCAUUUUCUGAACAGAUUUGAUUGCAGCAUAAGCCAUACGGUUUCUUUGAAUAUCACAGUUAUGUUUUUGUCAAGAACACUUUUAGGCAAUAGUACAUGUGUUUCAAAUCCAUUGAUUUGCAGUAAAUGAAUUACCAUAUGAUGUUCUCCUCGACAGAUGAACAGAUAUUUAUACAUGUAUGUCAUGCAUGGAGCCACUUUCAUGCGGUGUUAGUGUCGUUUUGAGUGGCCAGCGGGUACGUUUGUGGAUGUUGUUGUCAAAGAAAUAUAAAAGAAGAUACGUCUUCUUGUUAGUAUAAACACAGUUCAAGGUAAUGAUCACGUUCAAGGUCAUUAUAAUGGUUAAGGUCAUGAUAGAAUGUAAUGUUCAAGGUCACGGAAGUGAAUUCUAUUAUAGAUUAUUUCGGCAGUUGUGUUGGACAUGUAGUGAUGUGAUGUCGGUCUGGUUCAUAUGUGUAACAUGUCUUAUUCACCACAGCUUUUGUCAAAUCACUUCUGCCAGCAUCUCUACUUGUGCAAGUGUCUUGGGACAAGUUGGCAGUUGAUAUGUUAAACAGUGUUUGGCUGCCAGUUUCACUUCAGAAAACCAACCAUUUCAAAACAAAACUACGAUGGGGGGAAAUGUUAUUUCUGGUUUAUGUGCGAAGUUUUAAAAACUGUUCAUGGUUGCUGUUUUUAAACAGACUUUAUGAUGUCUACUUUGAAAAGAGUGGGAAGUUUUCCUGUCAUAGAAAUUUAGACAACUAUUUUGAUUUUGCAGUGCUUCAGGUUGAUAAAAUUGGCAGACGUUGUUCACCUGCACUGUCGUUUUGUUGUCCUGUUUGUUCUUGAGUCUGAUGAUGUUUAUGUUACUGUAUUAGUGCAGACGGCAGUCUUCAAUCAAAUAUAUUAACUUAUCUCAUUCAACCCCAGGCCUGGGGUUGAGUGAUUUCAAGUCAGCUAGCAAUAUUCUUUACAUUGCCAAUUUUAAUAAAAGAAACUGGUACCAAGUUGUUUUAGAAUCAUACAUCUGGUCGACAAGUAAUCCCUGCGACAGCACUGACCGAAAAGUUGUAGUGAAAUCAUGGUGCAAAUAUUUGUCAAAAAACAUGAUUAUACUUGUAGAAGUAUGAGAACUUUUCAGCUGGACUGCGGGCUACUUAGCGUUUACUUUUAUUCAUUUGGAUCUAGAAUUUUUAUUUCAUUUUCAUUAUCAGUUGUGCUGUCGCUGGGAUGUUUUCCUGAUAAUACUGUUCGUUUUAUUUCCUGUGGUUUCUAAUAAUAUGCAAAUUUAGAUCAGUUACUAUUUCAUGUUACAAAUUAAGAUGAAUAUUCGUCAUAUUACAGUACAUGUACAUGUUCCUGUUUGUAAAAAUUUUCCACAAAUUUAGAAGUCGUGUUAACGUUGAAAUGUUUUAUGUGGGUAGGUUUGGGAUUAAGUAUCACUGGUUUGAUUCACAACCUGUCGACCCUUCAUAUCAAGAAUGGUUUCACCUAUUCCCUACUCUGGUUGUAACCAUUGUGUGUAUAAAGGGUGGUCUGGUUGUUGGCUGUGGUGUUUCAUGCGGGGCAUGUUUUCACUCAGCAUGCAGGUCUGUUUAUACCUUCCGUGUUGGUAUAGAUGUCAACCACUGCUGGCCAGGGUGGGGCCAUGUUGCCAUAGUAGCUCUUAGUCAAUCAGCAAUCGCUGGCGCUUCAGUUAUAUUUAUUUUUGGAAGCUUUUGUAGAUUGAAGUGUGCAUUAUAUUCUUUUCAUUUAUGUCGCUCAAGCUCACUAAAAGUGCUGACUCAUUCUGUGGAGCAUUAGCAGACGUUGACCAGCUUGAGUUGAAAGUUUCUUUGGUGACCUUGGGUGACCUUAGAAGUCUUUUUAAUGAAACUUUCCGCUGUGCCUCAGAACUAUGGACCACAAGUUUUGAAAUGAAUAUGACGUAGAAAUUAGCUUUAGUUACGACUCGGGCACUUAUAUAAAACAAUCUGCAGUGCGGUUAAAAAAAACUUACGUAGAGAUAUUUUUUCAUCCUGUCCUUUUUUCACCCCAAAACACGAGUAGAGAUUCAGUGAGUCAGGAACGGUGCACAUGUUGGUUUAUUGUCGAAGUGGCAUUUGAUGUAGUGUUUUGUCAAAAAAUGCAGAAAAUCACCUUUUGGGAAAGGUAUAUACUUGAAUAUUGUUGUAAUAUUGAUGUUGUUCAAGAGGUGUAAUUUGGUCGCACAAUAUCUUGUUAUUGUGACUGUGAUGAUGUUUUUGAGUUGCAAUAUUUCUUUGUUCAGUUCUCUCUGCAGUGACGUAUUGAAGUGACUGUGAAAUUACGCUUUGAAUUCCGUUAGUGAGGUGAUGCGAGUAGUGUAGUACAAUUUAAGUUCCUACGUGUUGAUCACACGCUUAAAUUAUGCUCGGAUUAGUUACUAGAUAUUACACGGUCAGUCAUGUUGUAAUGGCGACUACACUACACACCACUAUGACUAAUCUCUAAUCACAAAAUAGUGGAAUUUCAUUUGUAGUAUCGGGCAGUAAUGGCCAAUGUAACCCCAAAACUAUUAAACUGCUAGAUCCAUUGUGUUUACACAACCCACUUCAAAUAUUGUUCUAAUACAACAUUCAGUUUACACAGAUGUUGACUGGUGAUUCUGAUUUCCCAACAAAUUCUUCCACUUGAAGAUGAAACUCUCUCGAAAAAUGAUAAAUUCAGUCAGUUUCGAUUCUCUUGUAAUUGCCCAGUUUGUGACAUAUUUGAAAUCCAUUGCAAUUUUUGUACUGGUGGUUUGUGAUAGCAGACCUCUUUGGGCUAAGGCAAUACGCUGUGUAACAUGCAGUCGAAGAUUCUAAAUCGCGUUCUCCCUGUCAGAUUUCCUGGCCUCUAUCAAGGCCUGUUUUGGCUCUUUUUCCUGUCAUGUGUUAGAUAGUGAGAUAUAUUUAGACGUGUAUAAUUACCUAUCUGCAUGCGGCAGCACCCACAUGGGUCGCAUCUCCUCGCAAAAGUCUGUCAGUUUUUGUGCGUAGACAUUGUCAUUAUAUUAUGUUUAUUUCUGUACUUGGCCGAUGAUUAUAUUAAGUUGUGAAUGUCUGAAUAUGGUGUUGUCAAUGUGCUGUGUGGAAUAGAUGUCGCUAGUUUAGAAUGAAGCCAUGUCGUAGGGUUGUGGCAUGGUCAAAGUUCAUGGUGCACAUCGAUGUUACCCGAUACAGUCUUGCUUCAUCUCGAGCUUACCAGAGAUUUGUUCAUGUUCGAGUAGAAGUACACACAUGUUUCUGGUAUGCUUGACAUGAAGAAAAUACAUAUUAUGUUUGAAAUUAGGGAUAGGAUAAGUUUCAGUGCAUUCGAUGUUUUUCACCAGAAAGGCAUUUCGAGAAGUUGCCUCAGCCAUUGGUUGCUUCUUGCUGGGUCAGUAGACUUUGUCAACUCUGUCCUAAACAAAACAUGUGACCUAUCCUAUCCUUGGUUUUAGGCAUACCUUGUAGGUUUCGACCCUCAUGAUGCUGGUGAAGCAUUCAAAAUGAUAAGUGCAAUACUUGGGACAUAAUAACCCAUUUUCAGGCUGAUGUUGAUUAGUAUGUCUGUGAUGGUGUGUUUCAGGGUAUGGGACUUCACUGUGCCUGAAAAAUCUGUUGUUUUCAGAUAAAAUGUUGACUGCUGUCAAAGUUUGGCUCAGGCCUGAUCUAAAGAGUCACUUAUAGAUGAAAACCAACUGUCAUUGUCUUUGUUUGAAUACACAUGUACAAUUCAGCAGAACUUUGAAUAAAAUAUUGAACAGCCAGUCUUUGCAAUGACAGUAACUGAAAAGAGAAGAUGAUUUUCUCGGUGCACUGCCGGCACAGUGAACUUCUAUUUUUGGUCGACUGCCCAAUAAUACACGAUCAUGGGACAUCGUUGCAAUAUAUCGUAUAAUAAUUAUUUGGGAUGUGUAAUUUUUGUUGAUUGAAUGAUUGCGAAUCGAAUCUUGUAGUUGCUAGUUGUCAUAGUCUUGUGCUGGUACGCCAUUAUUUUUUAUCCAAGAAGCUGAACUCAAGUGAAAGGUACAAGAAAUACCCAACGAUGCUCAACUUGAUCCUCUGAGAGGUGAAUAUUAGCGUUAAUUUGAAUACUGGCCUUUAGAUUUAUCAGAUGGUAACAGUCGAAGGUGAUUUGUACCAUAAAGCGAACGGAUUAUUCGGUGAUAAAGUGAGCUUUGUCUCCCAAGUUUGUUAUACUUUGUGCGGCCAUUGAUGUUGCGAAGUGAGAGGUGCAUUAUAUCAGCAGGUUGUGGUAGGUUCUCCUAUCCUACUUGGGAAAAUUUGAUUGUGAAAAUAACGUGACAGCCUUGAAUUCGGAGCUGUUUUCCCACUAGAACCAUUUGAGCAUAUUUUCAUUUUGGCUUGGAUGUAAGGGGCUGGGUGCUCUAAAAGUUGCCUAAUAAUUUCUUUAAAACUUGUUGAGUUUUAAACCCACUGUGGUAUAACAAACUUGAGAGAAAGGCCGAGUGUUGUCUUGCUGGUGGAUAGAAAACUGCCUGUUAGUUCUAAACUAUGUGAUCCUACACCUGAUUCGCUGAUUAUGACCAAACAUUGAUUCUUAGCCUCAGACUUGCUCUUUGGGAAGUUACACAUACGUGUUGAAGGCAGGCCUUCAGUGCUCAUGUUUCCAAUGAACAAGGUCUGACAUGCGACCUGAUUACAUGUGCAGCAGCGUCCCAUAUUUUUGUUUUCAAAAAUGCUGGAGACACAAGUUAGGUCAAGAAUGCAAGGUGUUGAUGACUGAUACUCCAAAUUGCUCCAAAUACUACUUCAAAGUCUUCAAACACCUACUAGUUAACUUAAGGUCUUGUUUAUCAAUUCAAACAAAUCAGUUCCAAUGGAAACAAGUAUACUUUUGAUCCAAUUUUGGAUACUGGAAAUAUAUUGUGCAGUCAUCAACACUUCGCGUGGGUUCGAAUGUUUCAAAUUACUUUCCUCAAGUUUAAAACAUUUUCAGAAAGAAAAUUUCUCUGUAACAGGCAUGUCCUAAUGGUAAAGUGGUUGGAAACAGAUCGCCCUCUGUUGGCAUUUGGUGGAACAAUUAUAAGGAAUAUUCCAAUAGUGGUCAAAUUCAGAAACAAAUCCUGUUUAAUUGUAUGUGACUAUGGUCAAUAAGAUAUUAGCUAGGUUGCAAAGUUUGUGAAUUACGUUUUCGAGAAUGUUAUUGUUUCGGACUCCUAGUCACCAUCUAGGAAUCAAGAUGUCAUGAACGUUAUACAUUAAUUCGGUUUUCUGAAUCUCAGAUUAAGGACUUAUUGAUCAGGUGAAAUUGGUGAGGUUUUUCGUGGUGUUAGAUGACCUCUUUGUGUUUUCAAGAGGUCAAAGGUCAUUAGACAACAGAGGAUGUAACGAGUGAUCACUUUCCUUUCUUUGACUUUAUUUUUGACUUUACUUCUUCCUAAUUCUUUAUCCUUCUUUCCUGACUCUGUCUUGCUUACUGUAAACUAUGAAAUUUUCACAAGCAUUUUUUUACAAAUGCAUUAUCAAAUGCAAAAUUCAGACACGUGAACAUUUCUAUUGUAUAAUGCAAUAACUGUUUACUCUUGGCACCAAGUGCAGUAUUUCGUCUGUCCAAUUGAAAAUGAGCAUAUUUGCCAAUUUUUAGUGUCUCGAAAAUUUCACAGUUUACCUUCUGUUCUUCCUCUCCUUUCAUGGGCCUGAAAGCAUCAAGGUCUUUCCCUACAUGAAUGUUUAUCAUCCUCAUCUACAUCAGUUCACAGGCAUUGUAUGUGUUCGUACCAUUGAUACGGUUAAACUAUUGGUACAAGUCCAAUGCCUGUGAGAAUUGAGGGUCACAAAUGUUAAUGGCAUCGAUAUGUGUGGGAUGAGCCUUGAUGACUCUUUUGACAGAGAUGAGACUAUAUUUACGCCAAAAUAUCAGCAGACGGACAACUUGUGUUACGCUGUUGGGGAUAAGUCCAAAACUCUUCAUUUUCUGAGCACUUUGUGAAUGCACUUGCGGAUAUUUUAGUCAAUGCUAUAUCGUCAGAUGUAUCAGUUCGCAGUUUUUCCAUGGUUUAUUUCGUGCGUCUCAUCUCUGAUUAUCGUCCUGUUUCUAUUUUUCUGUUAUCUUGACAACUGUUGUCCAUUGUGAAGUCAUGGAGUAUCGUAGUCAAGUGAAUUUCUUUUGAUUUUUGUGAAUGAAUCUUGUGUUUUUUUCUCGGUUAUACUUUUCGUUGCACCACCAGUCACAUACUUCUGAUCUUGUGCUUUAUGUUGGUGUCACAGCUACUGUUCAGACGUGCACCAGCAUACAUCAGUGUUACGCCUACACAUUGUCUCCACUGAGGCUGUCCCAAACUGCCAAAAUACGUCAAACUUUGUUUUGGGAUAGCUGUUUGGGAUAGCUGUUAUGUAAGUACAAGUUCAUGACGAGGUGUUCUGGGUGCUUGAUGGUUCUUGAGUAGUAUUGUUCCCUCUCUUCGUUCUGUUGAAAGUGCUUUGUUGUCCUCUGUUGUUGUAUUUGACACCAACUCAUCACCUCACUCAACAUAUCUGUGUUGUUGUUAUCACUUACACCAGGUGGGGUACCGAGCAAGCCUCUCGGCGGUAAAGUUCUGGACUGAUAUAAUGAGACUAAGGUGUUCUCGAGUGUGGAGAAUUCUACCAUCUGGCAGAAAGUCGAUUUGAUACCAUCUUCUCUUGGCAUUGCAAUACUAAAGGAGACCCGCACGAGAGGUUGGGUGCACGAUCUGGUAGUGACAAGCAUACAUUGUUGUGAUCAAUAGUUGUAUUCACAUUAUGUCAACAAAUCGGUGAUGUCAACUUGAAAGAACUAGUUUGUACAAUCUGGGAUUUGGACAUUAAAAUGUAUUCUGUUAUAAA